CAUCAAUUCCCACUGUUACAAAGCAUGAGACAUCAGGCCCUUCAACAAUAGAAUUAUCUACUGUGUCCUCUGAACAAACUUCUGAGGCUUCCUCCAACACAGUCAGCAGCAUCUCACCAUUCAUUUCAAGAUCUACUGCAAACCCAAAGCUCAAAACCACACAAACUACUGAGGAAACGUCAGAAUCUACAGGGAUGCCACAUUCCACACAUAAUGUUUUGACAGGGACUACAGAAAAUAAUUUAUCAACAGCAGAAACUAAAACUUUGUCUAGUUCCCAUUUACCCAGCCUAUCUGCUUCCACAAUAACUGAAACAACGAUGUAUAAUACAGAAGAACCAAAAAAUUCAUCAUCUCAUGCUCAGACAACAAACACAGUAACAGAAAUGGAACCUUCAUCUACCAACAAUGAACAUUCAACUUCACCGAAUACUGAAUCCACCAUUGAAUCUCUUUCCACCGCUGAAAGCACAUAUUCCACAUUGAAGUCGCAAACGUCAUCAAUUCCCACUGUUACAAAGCAUGAGACAUCAGGCCCUUCAACAAUAGAAUUAUCUACUGUGUCCUCUGAACAAACUUCUGAGGCUUCCUCCAACACAGUCAGCAGCAUCUCACCAUUCAUUUCAAGAUCUACUGCAAACCCAAAGCUCAAAACCACACAAACUACAGAGGCAACGUCAGAAACUACAGGGAUGCCACAUUCCACACAUAAUGUUUUGACAGGGACUACAGAAAAUAAUUUAUCAACAGCAGAAACUAAAACUUUGUCUAGUUCCCAUUUACCCAGCCUAUCUGCUUCCACAAUAACUGAAACAACGAUGUAUAAUACAGAAGAACCAAAAAAUUCAUCAUCUCAUGCUCAGACAACAAACACAGUAACAGAAAUGGAACCUUCAUCUACCAACAAUGAACAUUCAACUUCACCGAAAACUGAAUCCACCAUUGAAUCUCUUUCCACCGCUGAAAGCACAUAUUCCACAUUGAAGUCGCAAACGUCAUCAAUUCCCACUGUUACAAAGCAUGAGACAUCAGGCCCUUCAACAAUAGAAUUAUCUACUGUGUCCUCUGAACAAACUUCUGAGGCUUCCUCCAACACAGUCAGCAGCAUCUCACCAUUCAUUUCAAGAUCUACUGCAAACCCAAAGCUCAAAACCACACAAACUACUGAGGAAAUGUCAGAAACUACAGGAUGCCACAUUCCACACAUAAUGUUUUGA